CUCUUUCUCUUCAGUCCGUUCCCCCUCCUCUCCCAGCAGCUCCGCAGGUUCAAACUCUUCUCCCGGAGAGUGGCGGCGAACAUCGCGCGGUCACGUGAUGAGCAUCCUGCUGCCCAACAUGGCGGAGUUCGACACCAUCUCGGAGUUGGAGGAAGAAGAAGAGGCAGCAACAUCCUCGUCGUCUCCGUCGUCGUCGUCGUCGUCGUCGUCGUCGGUAUCUGGGCCUGAUGAGGACGAGGAAGAUGAGGAGGAAGAAGAGGAGGAUGAAGAGGAGGAGGACGAGGAAGAAGAGGAGGAGGAGGAGGUGCCGCCCCCGCCUCGGGUAGUGAGCGAGGAGCAUCUGCGGAGAUAUGCCCCAGACCCUGUGUUGGUGCGCGGCGCCGGCCACAUCACUGUGUUUGGAUUGAGCAACAAGUUUGAUACGGAAUUUCCAUCAGUUCUGACAGGGAAGGUGGCUCCAGAAGAAUUUAAGACCAGCAUUGGCCGUGUGAACUCAUGCUUGAAAAAGGCUCUCCCUGUCAAUGUGAAAUGGCUGCUGUGUGGAUGUCUCUGCUGCUGCUGUACCCUGGGGUGCAGCCUGUGGCCCGUUAUUUGUCUCAACAAAAGAACCAGAAGAUCGAUUCAGAAGUUACUAGAAUGGGAAAAUAACAGAUUGUACCACAAGCUUGCUCUGCACUGGAAAUUGACUAAAAGGAAAUGUGAAACUAGCAAUAUGAUGGAGUAUGUAAUACUAAUAGAAUUCUUACCAAAAUACCCCAUAUUCCGACCCGACUGAGGAGUUCUGUUCAGUCACUUCUGUGUUAUCUGUCAUUUCCUACCCUUAGUGCCUUGUAGAUGAUCUUGGAAUGGAGACAGUCUCCUUUGCUGUGUUCAGUUUAUUCUUUACAACAGUAGACUAUACUUCUCAUUCUUUUAUUUGUGUUAAUUUAAGAAAAUUUGCACAUCUUUUUGGUUAUUAAAUGAGGCUUGUGUUUUGCACUCUCAAUUUUUAAAUAAAUGCAAACAUAUACCCAUAUUUAUCGUUGACACUGAAAACAUCAGUGCUGGUGUUUAAAAAAAAAAAAACAAAGCAAAAAACCUUGUUCUGAGCAUGCUGCCUUAUGAUUUUCAUACUCACUGUUUCUAAAUAUGCAUCAUUUUUCUAGGCUAUUUAAUGCUCUGUAAUCCCUUACUGGACACACCCAAAUAAGCUUUUGGUAGCUUUUAGAAAUGGUUUUACUCUGCUCUUUAAAAAAAAUGCAAUUAAUAGCACUGGUUUCCUCCUGCACUUUGCUAAAUUGUCACUUAUGUUAGUGGAUAAAAUAUUUAAACUCCUAAAGACUUGUAAAUAUUGUCUCUUUGCAUAAUGUAAAAUGUGAUAUGCCAUGGUUUACAGAAUGUAUUAUUAUUAUCAAUGUAUUGCCAACAAUUCCACAUAGAUUUUAAUAUGAAUGACGUUUGCAAGCAUCCUUAUG